UUUUCUCGCAAAGCACUGUGGGUAGACGUCCUACGCCCAAAAUGGCGGCAGGAUUGAAAAGUUUGCUGCUGUUUUUGUUUUAUUUUAUUCUAUUUGGUCGGUCUCUGUCCCCUUUAGAAUAAAUUCCUAUUUUUACCAGGCUAAAGAAGGUUUGUCGUUUAUUUCCGAUCCCCGAGCACGUGAUUUGGAUCGUUGGUUUGUUUAGUUUAGAUCGGUACACCGUUGACGUGUAUGAGGCAGAUGGCACUGAAAUUGUGGACAUCACUGCAUCUAAUACAGUUAAAAUGAAGAGCAUUUGUACAUAGAGAUGGAGGAUGAUGUAAAGAAAGUGAAAAAGCCAGGUAUUGUGUCUCCAUUCAAGCGAGUGUUUCUGAAAGGAGAGAAGGGGAGAGAUAAGAAGGCUCUAGAGAAGUCCACUGAGCGCAGGGCCCUCCACACCUUCUCCCUCUCUCUCCCGGACCACCGUAUCGACCCAGACAUUCUGCUCAAUGACUACAUUGAGAAGGAAGUUAAGUAUCUGGGACAGCUGACCUCAGUUCCUGGAUAUCUGAAUCCCUCCAGUCGUACAGAAGUUUUGCAGCUUAUUGACAAUGCCAGGAAGUCUCAUCAGUUGGCAGGGCAGCUGACAUCAGAGCAGGAUGCUGUUGUCAGUCUGUCAGCAUACAACGUGAAGCUCGUGUGGCGUGACGGAGAGGACAUCAUUCUUCGCGUACCCAUCCACGACAUUGCGGCUGUGUCAUACAUCAGAGACGACUCACUCCACCUCGUGGUGCUAAAAACAGCUCAGGAGCCCGGUGGGUCCCCAUGUCAUAGUACAGAGAUGUCAAAGUCUCCCACUCUAAGCUCUCUGUCAGAGAGCGGGGCUGUGCUUGUGGAGGUGUGCUGUCUGCUUGUCCUGGCUGUUGACAACAAGGCUGCAGCAGAGGAGCUCUGUCUUCUACUCAGUCAAGUCUUCCAGAUCGUCUACACAGAGUCUACCAUUGACUUCCUGGACAGGGCCAUCUUUGAUGGAGCCACAACGCCCACCAGGCAUCUUUCAAUCUACAGCGAGGACUCCUCGAGCAAAGUAGACGUCAAAGAAGUGUUUGAGACAGAGGCAAGCACAUUUUCUUUCCAGAGUUCUCUAGAGGCGGGACACUCCUCUAGCCCCUCCCCCUCCUCCACCCCGGCCUCACCACAAACCAAAACAGCCAGUGAGAGUGAACUGAGCACAACAGCUACUGAACUGCUACAAGACUACAUGACCACAUUGAGGACGAAGCUGUCGUCUCAGGAGAUCCAGCAGUUUGCCACACUGUUACACGAGUACAGAAACGGAGCCUCCAUCCAUGAGUUCUGUAUCAACCUGCGUCAGCUUUAUGGAGACAGCAGGAAGUUCCUCCUCCUUGGAUUGCGGCCUUUCAUUCCUGAGAAGGACAGCCAGCAUUUUGAGAACUUUUUGGAAACCAUCGGCGUGAAGGACGGCCGCGGCAUCAUAACGGACAGCUUUGGCCGCUACAAACGCACGACGAGCUCUGCGUCGGACUCCACCACCAAUGGAAACGGAGCUGCAGGCGGUUCAGAUGAGGGAACGGCAACCUCUGAGGGCGACGAAUGGGACCGUAUGAUUUCAGACAUAAGCAAUGACAUUGAAGCGCUAGGAAGCAGUAUGGACCAGGACGGUGUGUCGUCUUGAUGUCACGGCACUCGGUCAGUGUGCUUUAGCCAAUCACCACUUGAGAUCAUCACACGGGCCGUUGGUCCGUAUUGCUGUCCAUCAAAUCUGACAAUGCUGGAGUUUGGAUACUGUAUGGAUACUACUUCCUAGCUGUCAUUCUUAUUUUUAGAUGUGGUGCCAUAUUAACACAAUUGUGAUUUUCAAGACCUGUGAUAGAAGGAUCGUCUUUUGCUGUGGACAGCAGUUUCGUUCCUCUGGGAUGUUUAUUGGCAGUAUCUGCUACCACUAAUGAGAAACCUUGUUGCUGGUAGAUGUUGCUCUUUCACACUGUUUGUUAGGAUCUCAUUUAAUAGCAAGGUGACUUCUGAUCAGUGUGAAGAGGUUAAUUCUACCUGGAGUGUGGAGCAUUGCCUAGUGGCCUUCCUAAACCGUGUUCUGGAUUGCCUUACGUGUGUCGUAACCUGAUAGAAGUGAAGUGCAGUAUAUUUCCUCCUGCACUGAAGUGCUAAUCAAAACUUGACCCUUUUACACCUUUAUAUUAUCUGGUCGAUGUUUGUUUUUCCUCUUACAUGUAUUUUUCACUUCUUUUAUAUUUUCUUUCAGCCAGGAUUGGUUUUAAUUACCCAGUUAUUAUCAUGUGGGUUUCGUCAGGUAGGAAAUGUAGCACUAUGUGUGUUUGGUUUUGAUUGAAAACCUGGAAAAAUUUGGUUAUUAGACGAAGCCAGUUUUCUGGCUGAUUGCAAUAUUCAGUACCCUGGCCUGCAUUACUUUCGCGUCCCGUCAUUCAUUGUAUCCUCCUCAGUUUUCGUAAUCUAACAUUGUGCCUUGCAGGAUCACUGAUUGUAUCAUCCAAUAGGGAUGUAAGUACUAUUCUGUAAUCUGUACAGAAUGUGACUGAAGUAUGAAUUUAUUAAAAGUGCAGCACUUACAUAAUCA